AUGAGUUCUCACAUUGUUUCACUCCUGUUCGCGACAACGAUUCUACUGGUAUCUGUUCAAUCGCGCACACUCUUCCCGUACGAGGAACACCAAUUGACAAGAGAACACGUGGCCUCAUUGCCGGAAGAAGAUGCGGCGCUUCUCGCAUUCGAAGGCCAGUUCGAGAUCCAAGCGGUCAAUACAACGGACAAGCGAUGUCGCUAUGAUCCGUCCGACAAGAAGUGGCCAUCGGAGAAAGCAUGGAACAAAUUGCGAAGACAAUUGAGCGCUCCAGAAAUACUUAUAACAACCACACCUCAAGCAUCACUCUGCUACGGCAAUACGAAGAACGACGCGGGCUGCCAACAGCUGGCAAGGAAUUGGUCGAACUCGUACACGCACAUUGACGACCCCACCGAGGUUCUGUCGCCAAUAUAUCAGGGCCUUACGUGUCAACCACCGUCAAUAUACGACAUUGGGAACUGCACAUUGGGCGGAUACCCUGCUCGUGUCAUCAAAGCGAAGACAGUCUCAGACAUCCAAUGCGGUAUAAAUUUUGCGCGGAAUGACUACAUGCGCCUAGUCGUGAAAAACACGGGCCAUGAUUUUGCAGGUAAAUCUGCAGGUUACGGCGCACUUAGUAUAUGGACGCAUGGAUUAAAGGAUAUUCAGUUCUUUGAAGAUUAUGUGGAUGAGCCGGGUUAUCGCGGGCCUGCUAUCAAGGCGGGGGCUGGUGUACAGGCAUUCGAGCUGUACAAGUUUGCGAAUGAGCGCGGCGUUAUUGCAGUCGCUGGUGAGGGUCAGACCGUGGGCGUCUUUGGAGGCUAUAUCUUAGGUGGCGGUCACUCCCCGCUUAGUUCACUGUACGGCAUGGCAGCUGACCACGUCCUUGGUUUCGAAGUCGUCACGCCCAUUGGGGAAUUCUUGACAGCCAACUCUACGAGCAAUGCGGACCUGUUCUGGGCACUGAAAGGUGGAGGCGGAGGUACUUUUGGCGUGGUGUCGUCCGUCACGAUCAAAGCGUACAAAGAUAUGCCCGUUACCGCAGCUUCUUGGCAACUCGAUAGCUCAAAGAUUGGUAAAGACAAAUUCUGGGCAGCUACCAAGGCUUUUUUCGAUCAAGCCAUCAGCAACGUAGACAACGGCACGUACAGUUACUGGCUUCUUCUCCCCACCGGACCGGACUUCAUCUUCAUCAUGCAGCCUUUCUUUGCCCCCAACAAGACUGCUAACCAGCUCAACACCAUCUUGGGACCGUACUUCUCGAAACUGACCUCUCUCAAUAUCCCCAUCUCACCAAAGAUCACAGAAUACAAGAGCUUCUAUCCUGCCUGGCAAGCCGAGUUCCCACUCGAGCCCAUGUCCGGCGUUUCAGGUGCAGUCAGUUCCCGGCUCUUCCCCCGGUCAAACUUUGCCUCGGAAACAGGCCGCAACAUAACCUUCAAUGUACUGAGACAAAGCGUCGAAGCUGGCCAGUCGCUCAUCGCAUUCAACAUGGCAACGCGCGGCAGCAACCCGGACAACUCUGUCAACCCCGCAUGGCGCACAUCCGUGUACCACAUCAUCACUGGUAUUUCCGUGAGCUAUAAAGCAUCAAAUACCGACAUCAUGAGCGCGCGCGCUGCGUUGACUAAUGGCACGAUGCAGAAAUGGCGCGACGUCACGCCGGGAAGUGGUGCGUAUCUAAAUGAAGCAGAUCGCCUAGAGCCGAAUUGGCAACAGAGUUUUUGGGGCGACAAGUAUGCGCGAUUGCUUGAAAUCAAGAGGGAAAUGGAUCAUAGGGAUGUGUUCUGGGCGCAUCAUGCGGUGGGGAGCGAGGGCUGGAAGGUUGAGAGUUUUGAUGGGCUGCCGAAUGAAAAUGGGAAGUUAUGUAAGGUUGGUGCAUGA